AUGGAAACAGACGAGAAAUCUCUUGAAACAGCACUUUUAUAUUGGAUCAACACAUUUGAUACAGACGAUACAACACAUGCAAUUCGUUCUAUGGAUAAGUUAUGUGAUGGUGUUGUUAUUUAUCGGAUUCUAAUUGAUAUUGAUUCUCUUUUUUUCCAUAGUGCAAUUGGCGCUACACCUACUGAAAAUGGGCCAUCCAACUGGGUAUUGCGGCUAAAUAAUAUAAAACGGCUAUAUAAAUAUCUUUCUCGUUAUUAUGAAGAACGUCUAAACCGAUAUUUUCCAGAAACGAAUGAAUAUGUUCCAGACUUGGAAGCCAUUGCUAAAAAUUUUUCAGAAAAAGAAACAAUUAAAUUUCUAAAACUUGUACUAGCAUGUUGUUUUUUAUCAGAUCAGCGCAAAAAAUAUUUAAAAAAAGUUCAAAACUUAGAUCUUCAAAUACAAACAGUAUUAGAAAAAACAGUUCACGAGAUCAUAGAGUUAGAAAAAAACGAGACAAAAAAUAAAGAAAAUGAAAAAAAAAUACUACAAACAGAAGAUCAAAUGGCAAUUCUUAAUAAAGAAAAGGACAUCUUAAAGAAAAACUAUAAAGUGAUUCUAGAAGAAAAUAUUAAACUUAGAGAAGAUCAGCAAACAAUGAAAUCUAAACUUGAAAUAAUUUCAAAAAAAUUAAAUGGAACAGAAAAUACAUUUGAAAAUUAUAAAUAUCAAAUAGAUAGUCUUCAAACACAACUUAAUCAAUCUAAACAAGAAUUAAAUCAAUAUAAAAACAGUAUGGUAGAAAAGAACAUGGAAAUUGAACAAAAGAACAUAUUUAUUACUUCUUUAACACAUAAAAAUGAGGAACUUAUGGAGAAAACAAACGAAGUUAUAUUUUUGAAAAAAGAAUUACAAGAAGAAAAAAACAAUAUUGAAGAGUUAAAGAAUAUCAUGAAAAAAUAUAAAGAAAUUAAAAGUUCACAUAUUCCGGACCAAAAUAAAAUAAACAAUAAAAAUAUUUUACAUGAAAGCACGGAUAAAACAUGUCUAUUAGUUAAUGAUAAAGAUGUGAAUAAUUAUAAGUCUGAACUAAAAUCACUCGAAAUUCUUUAUAAUCAAUCCACCGAAGAAAAGAAGCUAUUAGAAUCUCAAAUCAUCCAUUUAACAAAUUGUUUAAAUAUUAUUAAAACAGAUGAUAGAAUAGAUAUAUCGGAUAAAAACAUACAAAAACUAGAAUCAUAUCAAGAAAUUUUAAACAAGUCUACAGAGAAUUGCUCAAAAUAUUCAAGUAAUCAAUUUAGAAACCAAUUAAAUAUUCAUCUUGAAUCUCAAGUAUCAGAACAAGGACUUAAUAUAUCUAAAAAAGAAUCUUCAGAAAAAAGUAUCGUAGUUAUAAAAAAUAUUAUAGAUAAUUUUAAAAAAACUAAAAAUAAAACCGAGAAUAAAUAUUUAGAAGACAAAAAAAAAUACACAUUAAGUUCUCAAAUAACUGAUAAAGAUGAGGGUAAUUUUUCUGAAAAUUCACUAUUCAAUUCGUUAUAUAUAUCGUCCAAAAAACUUUCUGAAAAUCCCUCAAAUUCAGAAAUUCAAAUACAUAAAUCAGAAAAUUCAUCUAAUUUGGAAAAAAAUAUUAUUAUGGAAUCAGAAAAUCAGGAUGAUAUUUAUAAUUUAAAUUCAAUUGAUAGAAUAAACGAACAUAAGGAAUUGCAAACUGAAUUAGAGGAAUUAAAAAAAAACAUCAAAAUUCUUGAAAAUAAAAACCAAUAUCAAGCAGUUUUAAUUAAUAGUUUAUAUACAGAAAAAGAUAAAUUAACACAAGAAUCAAUCAAUAGCAAAAAUGUUUUGUCAAAACUGGAAGAAGAAAAUAAUAAAUUAAACUCAAUAAUUAUUUCUAUUUCAGAAGAUAGAGAUGAGGAGAAAAAAAAACAAUUAGAAGCUCAGAAAAAAAUAGAAGAACUUCAAAAUGAACUUAACCAAAAUAUAACAGGUACUUUGAAAGCAAAACAGCUUUUAAAAAAACAAAACACUAUGAUAAAAGAAUUAAAAGAAAAAGCAUUAUCCGGAAAUAUAAAUGAAUUAUAUAACGAACUUUCACUUAAAAACAAGCAAAUAGAGGAAUUGAAAAAAACUAAUGUUGAAGAAAUUACAAGACUGAAAAAAGAAAAUAUGCUUAUGAGCAAUGCUUGGUGCAAUUUAGCAUCUCAUAUAAAGCAAAACGACCCAACUACACAGUACCCUUUAUUACCAUCAGAUUUAACAAAAGCAAAUCGCAAUCUCAAGUGA